GAGAUGCUCUGAGGCACCCCAAAGAGAAAUAGCCUCUGACAGUGACAGCCAGGCAAGAAUAGUGGAAGUCGGGUGACAUAAUAAAACGAGACGUUCUGGGGAUAACUGUGACUGCUUAGCGGAUAUAACAAGACCUCUGGGAAGGCACCGGCCAGUGCGGGACACAUGAGCCGGAGCAGUCCCCGCAAUCUACCUGUAGCAGCGGCGACGGCGGUGGAAGCAGAGAGGGGGCCGUAAGGGGCCCCUUCGGACUAGGGCUGAGGAUGAAGUUCGCAGAGCAUUUAUCGGCUCACAUCACCCCAGAGUGGAGGAAGCAGUAUAUCCAGUAUGAGGCCUUCAAGGAGAUGCUAUAUGCGGCCCAGGAUCAGGCUCCGUCAAUAGAAGUAACAGAUGAGGACACCGUGAAGAGGUAUUAUGCCAAGUUUGAAGAAAAAUUCUUUCAAACCUGUGAGAAGGAACUUGCCAAAAUAAACACAUUUUAUUCAGAAAAAUUGGCAGAGGCCCAGCGGCGUUCAGCAACCCUGCAAAAUGAACUGCAGUCUUCACUCGAUGCACAGAGGGAGAGCAGCGCCAUACCAGGCCUUAGGCAGCGUAGGAAGGCAGUGUUUGCUUUGACACAUGAGGAGCGGGUCCAGCACAGAAAUAUAAAGGACCUGAAGCUAGCAUUUAGUGAGUUCUAUCUGAGCUUGAUUCUGCUUCAGAACUACCAGAAUUUAAACUUUACAGGGUUCCGUAAAAUCCUUAAGAAACAUGACAAGAUACUGGAGACAAGUCGUGGGGCAGACUGGCGUGUUGCUCAUGUGGAGGUGGCACCGUUUUAUACCUGCAAGAAAAUCAACCAGCUGAUCUCUGAGACUGAGACUGUUGUAACCAAUGAGUUAGAAAGUGGGGACAGACAAAAAGCCAUGAAACGCUUGCGGGUGCCACCACUUGGUGCAGCCCAGCCAGCUCCAGCCUGGACAACCUUUCGUGUUGGACUCUAUUGUGGCAUAUUUAUAGUUUUAAACAUGGCAAUCAUAAUGGCAGGUUCCCACUACCUUUUGGGCAAAGAUGUGUGGCCCAUGGUUCGAAUUUACAGGGGUGGGUUCCUGCUUAUUGAAUUCCUCUUUCUUCUUGGCAUCAACACAUAUGGCUGGCGACAGGCUGGGGUUAACCAUGUCCUAAUCUUUGAGCUCAAUCCCCGCAAUAACCUUUCCCACCAGCAUCUUUUUGAGAUUGCAGGUUUCCUGGGAAUAUUGUGGUGUUUCAGCCUGUUCUCCUGCAUUUUCGGGCUGUGGAUCAACCUACAGAUGCAUCUGAAUCCUUUAAUUCUGUAUGGUUUAAUGUUGCUCUUCCUUGUCAAUCCCACUAAAACCUUCUAUUACAAGUCUCGAUUCUGGCUCCUUAAACUACUGUUCCGGGUCUUCACUGCUCCAUUCCACAAAGUGGGCUUUGCAGAUUUCUGGCUGGCUGAUCAACUUAAUAGUUUGGCUGUUAUUCUCAUGGACCUGGAGUUCAUGAUCUGCUUUUACAGCUUUGAACUUAAAUGGGGAGAUAGCGAUGGACUGGUCAAUUCAGCUAACAGUGUGUGUAACUCAUAUUCAUAUGGAGUGCGUGCUGUGGUUCAGUGUAUUCCUGCCUGGCUACGGUUUAUCCAGUGUCUCAGGCGGUACCGGGAUACCAAGCGAGCUUUCCCUCACCUGGUGAAUGCCGGAAAAUAUUCCACUACAUUCUUCAUGGUCACGUUUGCUGCCCUCUACAGCACACACAAAGAGCGAAACCACAGUGAUGCUCAGGUAUUUUUCUACCUGUGGAUCAUCUUUUAUUUGAUUAGUUCCUGCUACACGCUUAUCUGGGAUUUGAAGAUGGACUGGGGACUAUUUGAUCGCAAUGCAGGAGAAAACACCUUCCUGCGGGAAGAGAUUGUGUACCCACAGAAGGCAUAUUAUUAUUGUGCAAUUAUCCAAGAUGUUAUCCUCAGAUUUGCUUGGACUAUUCAGAUCUCCGUCACAUCCCUAAACCUCUUCACAGAUGCUGGAGAUAUCAUUUCCACUGUACUUGCACCUCUUGAGGUCUUCCGCCGCUUUGUGUGGAACUUCUUCCGUCUUGAGAAUGAGCAUUUAAAUAACUGUGGUGAAUUCCGUGCUGUGCGAGACAUUUCUGUUGCACCACUGAAUGCAGAUGAUCAGACUUUGCUGGAGCAAAUGAUGGAUCAAGACGAUGGAGUAAAGAACCGAGUUAAGAGCAGGAUCUGGAAACGCAGCCAAAGCAUGUCCCUACGCAGGCCACGGCUGUCAUCCCAGAGUAAGAUGAAAGAUGCAAAGAUCCUGAUCGAUGACACUGAUGAUGAAGCGAACACAUGAGAAACACAAUAAUAAUAAUAAUACAGCCUCAACCAUCUCUGUCAGGCUGCCAUUUCCCCCACUCUGGCUUCUCUCUGCCCUUCCACACUCUCCCAUUGUCAUUAGGUUGGCUUUUUGCAUGCCUACCUUUCACAUUUUUAAACGAUUCUUGCAAUCCAUGGUUAGAAGUAACAAGAGAAGCUGCAGACAGACCCUUCUUUGCCGAAAGCAACUAAAAUGGAACAGACUGUCAGGACACUGGGGGUUGUCCAUACAGACAUAUCAUCCCACCAGUCUUCUGUUUCAUCUCUUGCCUGAUACUAAAUGGACUUGAAUUCAUAUUUGCAAUGACGCUGUGGUGCCACAAACACCAGCUUUGCUGGUAGUGUUUUAAUUUUCACAGCUGUUAUUUGAUGUAUGUCUUCUACUCACCCCUUUUUUUUUUUCUUCCCAAUUCAUGUGUUUGCAGACCACAAUGAAUAUUUUGUUUUCCCACCCCCCAGCAGUGCUGGGAGGGGUCCCACAAGUAUGGGGCUGGGGGACUGACAAAGUUACAAGGGAUACCUUCCUUUCAUUUGUGUUCACAACUACAUUGUUUUAAA